AUGACGAGCGCCUCGUUCCGAAAUGAGAGCAGCUCAGAGUUUCAGAAUCGUAACCAUGAAAGGACCGAGGGCGGAGCAGCGUGUGUCGGCGUGUGUCAGCGUGUGUCGGCAUGUGUCGGCGUGUGUCGGCAUGUGUUGGCGUGUGUCGGCGUGUGGCUACGUGUGUCGGCGUGUGUCGGCGCGUGUUGGCGUGUGGCGGCGUGUGGCUACGUGUGUCGGCGUGUGUCGGCGUGUGUCGGCGUGUGGCUACGUGUGUCGGCGUGUGUCGGCGUGUGUCGGCGUGUGUCGGCGUGUGUCGGCGUGUGGCUACGUGUGUCGGCGUGUGGCUACGUGUGUCGGCGUGUGGCUACGUUUGUCGGCGUGUGUCGGCGUGUGGCUACGUGUGUCGGCGUGUGUCGGCGUGUGUCGGCGUGUGGCUACGUGUGUCGGCGUGUGUCGGCGUGUGGCUACGUUUGUCGGCGUGUGUCGGCGUGUGGCUACGUGUGUCGGCGUGUGUCGGCGUGUGUCGGCGUGUGGCUACGUUUGUCGGCGUGUGUCGGCGUGUGUCGGCGUGUGGCUACGUGUGUCGGCGUGUGUCGGCGUAUGUCGGCGUGUGUCGGCGUGUGUCGGCGUGUGUCGGCGUGUGUCGGCGUGUGUCGGCGUGUGUCGGCGUGUGGCUACGUGCUCUAUCUCGAUCUAUUCCAUGGUUAA